AUGGACUGUGAAGGGGGACCUGUGAUGAUCGAUAGGGCCGAAAUCGAUACCAGAGCACCAUUCAACUGUGUUAAAGAAGCCGUCGCCUUGUUCGGUGACACAGUUUUAGCUGCUCAUGUUCCUACCACCAACUUCAAGGACGAGAUACAUGGUGAAAAGGGUCCUUCCAGGCUUGGAACUGUUACAGCUGAGCUGGAAGAGACGAAAUAUAAGCUUGAAAAGGCUAGAGAAGAGAGUAUGCUAAUGGCGAAUUGCAUGUGUGCUCUUAAAGAGGAGCUUGAAAGAACAAAGAGGGAACUGGAGGAAAUGAAAGAACGAGAAAUCGAGAAACUGAUGAUGGAGUUCGAGAUCGAACAUGUCAAGAUUGCCCCAGGCUCAGCUAGAUAUGAGCUCAAUGAAGAAGGAGGAAUCGAGUUUCAAAAGAAGAGAUACGUGACAUUCGCAAAUCAACCUUGUUUGACUCGAGUUACUACUAGUCCACAAGCUGUGGAAAAACUCGCGAGACACCCUUCACUACGAAAGAAGAAGAGGAAGCCAUUGAUCCCUUUGAUCGGAGGGCUAUUCUCCAAGAAAAAAUGA